AUGGAGCUCUCAUUCAUCAACCAUGGAGCUAACACUCGCGGCUUAAGUGAGGCGGACCGGAGUACGAUACGGCGGGUUUCUCGACAAGUGGGUGCGGCGACCCGGAAAGCCAACGGCAACGGGAAAAAGGUCAACACAUUGCAAAUCCCCGACUUCUUGAUGUCCAGUCUCAGAGCAAGUGAUCAAGUGCAAGCUCCUCCGACCAACGACCCGGGGAGGCAGAAGUUGCUAAAGCCUGAACUCAGAGCCUUUGAUCCGCAGGCUCCGAAGGUUUCCAAAAAUGGGUCUGAGGAUCAGCUGCGGAUGACGACUAUCCCCCCUGCGUUGUCGUUCAAACCGAACGGGAGGCCCACCCCCCCGGCCAUGUCUGUCUUCAUGAUGCCUGACCUCACUGUGAAGCUUCUUGAUUAUGCCGUCAAUGUUGACUUACUUGCGAACCCUGCCAGGUGGGUAAAGGCGUUCCGCCUGAGUAGCCCGUCGGCGCUUCAGAUUCUGCCUCAGCGCUAUGGCUUCAGCAAAUGUCUAGAUGAUGCCAUUGAUUGUGCCGCUGGGCGCAUUCGCCUGUGCCUAGCUGGAGAUGAGCAAGUAGAGUCGGAUAAGCUUGAGGUUGACAAACUCUACGGUCGUGCUUUGAGGAGCCUAAGCCUCGCUCUUUCCUCUAGCAGCUCAGUCGACUGGACUGUGUGGUACGCAACUCUGACUUUGCUUCUCUCUGAGGUGUUAGACAACAGCAGCCACCAUGGGUGGAUUAUGCAUGCACGUGGCGCUUUCGAGGUGCUGCUUGCAUUAGGCCCUGACAGGAUCAAUACAGAGGUCAAGAGAGAUCUGCUCAUAACACAGGCUGGCGGUAUGAUUAUGGAGGCUACUUUUGCCAACAUUGAUUGUUUUCUGAGGCAGCCGGAAUGGCAAUCGGCUCUGCACCGCUGCAUAGAUCCUUCAUCUAAAGUUGGGAAACGCAGCGAGUCAGCAAUAAAGCUAUGGAUGAUCCUAGCUCGUGCUCCGGGAAUAUUCAGAAGCAUCACCGGAGUUGUUUUGCUCCGGAGCACCGAAGACAGAGUUGCAUUGAUCGAUCAACUUCGUGUCUUCCUCACCGAAUUGAUCAGUUGGGGCAGCCAUCUUCGCUCAGAAACAGGCAGUUUUCGCAGUCAAUAUGCUCGGAAACACUACCAAUCAACAACCACCAGAUACCUAUUAUUCUUGACGUUGGCUUACCGGUUUCAAAUUGCGAUUGACGUCACUUCGGCACCCCUGGCAGAGGCAAAUGUGGUCGAAGGUGCGACUUAUCUUGAGCAAAUUAUCGAUUCACACCAGCACGAACCUGUAUCAGCUCCAACUCUAAGACUGGCGAAGAAGGUAGUUGAUUCCGUCAACACCACCACGGCUAGUUGGUCCCAGGCACAGUCAAGUGAUACAGCAGAUCAGCCAGGGACGAUUGCACCCGAGUUGUUCACGCAUUGGUCUGCGUUGGUUGGCCGAGUGGUGUGA